UUAUAUUAGGCAUAUUUUCAAAGCUCUAUAUACAUAGAUUUACAAAUAAGAGAAAUAUAAAGUCAAGAUGUUGCUUCAUUUCAAUGAAAUGUGGAAGCCAGUUUUGGUGAUGAUUAUAGUUAAUUUAGCUAUGGCCUUUGUCAAUGUAUUUAUGAAGAAGGUUAUUAAUGAAGGAAUGGACCACUUGACCAUUCUGACUUAUCGACAGGCAAUUUCAGCCAUUUUCUUGGCACCUAUUGCUUUCUUCUAUGAAAGGGAAAGCAAGAUGAAUGGUCAUAUAAUAUGUCUCCUUUUUCUUAGUGCUCUUGUAGGAGUAACACUCAGCCAAUACCUCUUUCUUGUUGGACUGGAAUAUACAUCAGCAACCUUAUCGUGCGCAUUCCUCAAUACGGUACCUGUAUUCACGUUCAUUAUCGCGCUCCCAUUGGGGAUGGAGAAAGUGAGCAUGAAAAGCAACAGUGCUAGAGCGAAAGUCUUGGGAACUUUAGUGUGCAUUAGUGGAACUCUGUUAUUGAUCCUUUAUAAAGGAAUGCCCUUAAUCAACCCUCAAUCUCAUCACAUAGAAGACAAAGCCACAGCAACACCAUCAGCCUCCAAUUUAAAGAAAUGGAUUAUAGGUUCAAUGUUUCUGACUGCAGCUUGCCUCUUCUGGUCUUCAUGGUUUCUUAUACAAGACAGGGUUGGCAAAAAGUAUCCAUAUCAAUACUCUAGCACAGCCAUUUUGUCACUAUUUGCUUCCAUCCAAUGCGCAAUAUUACAUUUGAUCAUCCAAAGAAACAAUGCUAAAUGGAUUCUAAAAGGAAAGCUACAAAUAAUGGCUAUUGUGUAUUCUGGGCUAGUGGGAUCAGGCUUGUGCUAUGUGGCAAUGUCAUGGUGUGUCAAACAAAGAGGUCCGGUUUUUACUGCAGCUUUUACCCCACUUAUACAGAUGUUUGUGACAGUUCUUGAUCUCUGUAUAUUACAAGAGCAAAUUUAUCUAGGAAGUUUUGUAGGAUCAAUCUUGGUUAUUUCUGGCAUGUAUAUUCUCCUGUGGGGUAAAAGUAAAGAGAGGAAACAGAAUGCCUUGAAGGAUACUGAAGAAAAUCAAAAGGAUGAAGAAUGGCACAACAGUACCGCCAAUCCCACUACUAAUAAGUUAGAGACCAGUGAGUGACCUCUCUAUGCUAAGGCCUAAGGGAGAACAAGAUUUCUCAGAAAUUAAAGACUUGUUUCGCAUCUGACCCCGGAGCAAUAGCAAUGAAAUUGUAACAUUUUUUAACAAAUAUAUCAAAAGACAGUCUUGUUAUAUUGAAUAUAUUUAUUGAAAAUAUUGCAGCUAACUAAAUGCUUAAUUAAUAUCAACUAUAUCAAUAUCUUAUUUAUCA